AUGUCGUCGAAGCACACUUACAAGCCCACAGGGCCUUUCGCUCCCCAGUACAUUCAGGGCGUCUAUGCUCCUUCGGCAAUCCUGAUCGUCGGAGCUGCUCUGGUUAACAAGACCUUGGUGCCCGUUGCCAUUGCAAUCGCCGCUGCUCUGGCCGGCUACCAGUUCUUCAACAACCAGGUCAAGAAGGUCCUUGACCCCACCACUUUCCAGCAAUUCCCCUUGACCGAGAAGGUGGUUCUGUCGCACAACACUGCCAUCUACCGCUUCGGUCUCCCCAGUGCCAACUCGAUUCUUGGUCUGCCCAUUGGCCAGCACAUCUCGCUGGCUGCCACUUUACCUGUCAAGGACCCCAAGACUGAAAUCACCGCCGACAAGGAGAUCCUGCGUUCCUACACUCCCAUCACCGAUGACACUACUUCCGGCCACUUCGAUGUCCUCGUCAAGAGUUACCCUACCGGCAACAUCAGCAGACAUCUUUCUGAGAUGAAGAUUGGUGACACCAUCAAGGUCAAGGGUCCCAAGGGUGCUAUGGCUUACCAGCCCAACAUGGUUAGCCGUUUCGCCAUGAUCGCUGGUGGCACCGGUAUCACUCCCAUGUACCAGAUCUCCAAGGCUAUUCUCCGCGGUCGUGCCUCCGGCGACAAGACUCAGGUUGACUUGAUCUUCGCCAACGUCAACCCCGAGGACAUUCUCAUGAAGGAUGAGCUUGACAGCAUGGCUCGCGAGGACAGUGGCUUCAGAGUCCACUAUGUCCUCAACAACCCCCCUGAGGGCUGGACCGGUGGUGUUGGCUUUGUUACUCCCGACAUGAUCAAGCAACACUGCCCUGCUCCUGCAUCCGACAUGAAGAUGCUCAUCUGUGGACCUCCUCCCAUGGUUGCUGCCAUGAAGAAGGCCGCCGAGGGUCUCGGUUACGAGAAGGCCAGACCUGUCAGCAAGCUUCAGGACCAGGUCUUCUGCUUCUAA